CCAUGGCGCGGGAUUCUGAGGGACUAGAAACGAAUUCUGGAUCGUGACUUCGGUCUUGUCGCAGCGCAGUAACCCAUCCUCCCACCCCUGUUCGGAUCCCGCUGACCCACGGCGGGAAAGUCAUGUGCCUGCGCACUAAGCAUCCCGUUGGGUCUCGGGUCUGAAGGAGGAAGGUCCUUCCCCGCUGAGCUCGCGGCGGUGCUCCCAGAAGGAUCCCAUUCAUUCCCUCUUUCUCUCCCCUCCGCUGAUGUAUUCUAAUUUUCACAGCUGCUUUGCUCCCCCGGUGGACAUGACCCCUUAGCUGGCAUUUUGCAUCCCAGUUGUUUUGUGAUGGAGGCAUCUUUGGGGAUUCAGAUGGAUGAACCAAUGGCUUUUUCUCCCCAGCGUGACCAGGUUCAGGCGGACGGCUCGUUAAAAAAACAUGAGCAGAAUUUUAAACUACCAGGUGUUAAAAAAGAUAUUGAGAAGCUUUAUGAAGCUGUACCACAGCUUGGUAAUCUAUUUAAGAUUAAGGACAAAAUUGGAGAAGGCACUUUUAGCUCUGUUUAUUUGGCCACAGCACAGUUACAAGUAGGACCUGAAGAGAAAAUAGCUCUGAAACAUUUAAUUCCAACAAGUCAUCCUAUAAGAAUUGCAGCUGAACUUCAGUGCCUAACAGUGGCUGGGGGGCAAGACAAUGUCAUGGGAGUUAAAUACUGCUUUAGGAAAAAUGAUCAUGUGGUUAUUGCUAUGCCGUAUCUGGAGCAUGAGUCCUUUUUGGACAUUUUGAAUUCUCUUUCUUUUCAAGAAGUACGGGAAUAUAUGUUUAAUCUGUUCAGAGCUUUGAAACGCAUUCAUCAGUUUGGUAUUGUUCACCGUGAUGUUAAACCCAGCAAUUUUUUAUAUAAUAGGCGCCUAAAAAAGUAUGCAUUGGUAGACUUUGGUUUGGCCCAAGGAACCCAUGAUACCAAAAUAGAGCUUCUCAAACUUGUCCAUUCUGAAGCUCAACAGGAGAGUUGUUCACAAAAUAAAUCCCAUAUAAUCACAGGAAACAAGAUUUCCUUGAGUGGCCCAGCAGCACCUAAGGAGCUCGAUCAGCAGCCCACCAUGAAGACCGUGAAAAGGCCCUAUACAAAUGCACAAAGUCAGAUUAAACAAGGAAAAGAUGGAAAGGAGGGAUCUGUAGGCCUUUCUGUCCAGCGCUCUGUUUUUGGAGAAAGAAAUUUCAAUAUACACAGCUCCAUUUCACAUGAGAGCCCUGCAGUGAAACUUAUGAAGCAGUCAAAGACUGUGGAUGUACUAUCUAGAAAGUUAGCAACAAAAAAGAAGCCUAUUUCUACAAAAGUUAUGACUAGUGGUGUGAUGAGGAAAACUGCCAGUUCUUGCCCAGCUAGCCUGACCUGUGACUGCUAUGCAACAGAUAAAGUUUGCAGCAUUUGCCUUUCAAGGCGACAACAGGUUGCCCCUAGGGCAGGUACACCAGGAUUCAGAGCACCAGAGGUUUUGACAAAGUGCCCCAAUCAAACCACAGCAAUUGACAUAUGGUCUGCAGGUGUCAUAUUCCUUUCUUUGCUUAGUGGGCGGUAUCCAUUUUAUAAAGCAAGUGAUGAUUUAACUGCUUUGGCUCAAAUUAUGACAAUUCGUGGAUCCAGGGAAACUAUCCAAGCAGCUAAAACUUUUGGCAAGUCGAUAUUGUGUAGCAAAGAAGUCCCAGCACAAGACUUGAGAAAACUUUGUGAGAAGCUCAGAGGUAUAGAUUCUAACACUCUGAAAUUAACAAGCGGUGUACAAGGGCCUGCUUCUCGUGACCCAACAUUUUCAGAGAAGACUGACCAUAAAGUUUCUCACCUUAUACAAACACCUGAAGCACAGCAUUCAGGAAAUUCAUUGUAUAAAGGAGACAGUAAUGGCUGUGGGGGUGGUUUGGAUACAGAUACUACCAAUUUAGCAGGCUGGAAUGAGGUACCUGAUGAAGCUUAUGACCUGCUUGAUAAACUUCUAGAUCUAAAUCCAGCUUCAAGAAUAACAGCUGAAGAGGCUUUGUUGCACCCUUUUUUUAAAGAUAUGAGCUUGUGAUUAUCGUUCCUUAUUUAUAAUGUUUGCUAUUGUGUAUUAUGAGAUGGGGUGAAAAAAGAGUUUUUUGUAAUAGCCAUAAGUUCUUGAUUAGAGACCAGGGCAGGAUGAAUAAUUUAUUUUAAAAUUUUAGUAUUUGCUGUCUGGCAAAUGCUGAAAUACGGACUACGAUCAAAGAUGCCUAAGAUAGUUCUUAGGGCUAACUACAUGAUCUUUGAGUUAGAUCUAGCCAAGUAGAACUAGAUCUUCAGCUUCCUUAAUUACUUGUCACUGCCAUAUGCAGAGAAAGAAGCUAUUUUAGCCUUAGUACAUAGAGGUUUGAGGUACAAAUCUUAAAAUUAAUGGAUGUGAUCUUAAAAUUAAUGGAUGUAAUGGGGACUAAAUGAGUCAAAAGACUUACUUUAUUGGUUUCUUUAAGCAAUGAGCUAUGUGUACUUUUAGAAAACUCAACCUGGUGUUGGUGCUCUAACCAUUCUAUAGGUAAAGGCGAUCAUUUCCUCUUCUAGAGGCAUAUAUUACACCUUUUAUGAACACUAAAAUAACUAAUGAGAAAAUGUUGGAGGUAAUACCACUUAAAAUUGAAUUUAUCCAUUUUUUAAUGUAUUUUGUUAAAGCAUUUUUUGUGUGAAUUGCCACAUUAAUGUUUUCUCUCUUGAUUUUCUUGCCUUCUCUACCCGCACCUAAAUUCUCCCUGAAAAUAACAUGGUGCUUUCCACAAAGUUUCUGUGUGCUUUGUUAAAUAUUGCACGUGUUUACAGUUGGGUACUUCAUGCAUACACGGAUUGAUUAAAGGAAAGCUGCAGGGCCAAGGUGAAGACUGAUAAUCCAAAAUGCUUUUAUUUUUCUCACCAUCCUAGGUGUAAUUAGGUAGCUGCUAAAAGGAAAAGUGAAUACAGCUUUGAGAAGAUUAUUGGAGAGUCUUUCCUCUGAGUGGAGCCAUCAGGAUCUCUAUAUCCUAUUAUAAAUAAGUUGCUCCUGCUCAAAGAAGAUUGAUUACUACAGUCUUGGGCAGACUGGGAAGAGAGAUAAUGAAGUGGGCAGAGUAGAAGAGGACCAGAGGUAGAGACUUAUGAAUUACUACAUUCCAAAAUGAUAUAUAUCAGUGACAGCAUAUCAAACUCUUUGUGUGAAAUAAGUUUGGGGGUGUGGAUCCACGGAGAAGUUUCCCAUUUAGUAAGGAUAGAAUAUAGAAACAGCUUAUGGAUACAGAACAUUUUGUUAUUUUGUACAUUCAAGUCAGUGUGUCUACCUACUCUGGUAAGUAUGGCAUGUGUUUAGCCAUUACCACUGAUGUACUCGCUCUUCUCAUACUAUAAUCUUUAAAAAAAAAAACUUGAAUGUUCUUGAAUUUGUAUGUUUAAUAAAGUUAUUCUUUUCUA